AUGGACGUCAUAAACAAGACCCAGGUGGAGGUCUUUGUGUUUUCUGGACUAACUGACAAUGGGAAACUUGCCCCAUUCCUCUUCAUACUCUUCUUACACAUUUAUAUGGUGACCAUACUGGCAAAUGUUGGCAUGAUGGCAAUUAUCCAUAGCAGCACAACCUUCCAUACUCCGAUGUACUUCUUCCUGAGCUGCCUCUCUCUGUUGGACAUUUUCUACUCCUCAGUUUUUACUCCUAGGUUGUUGCAAGACCUCAUUUUUAUUUUUAGUAAGAUCAUCUCAUUCAGUGGCUGUGCCAUACAGUUUUACUUCUGUAGUGCCCUAGCUUGUAGUGAGGGUCUUCUACUCACCACCAUGGCCUACGACCGGUAUGCCGCUAUCUGCCACCCGCUCCACUACAUGUCAAUAAUGACUAAGAAGACGUGUAUAUCUCAUGUUUCCCUUGUCACCUCCAUUGGCUUCCUGCAGUCAGCAGUGCAGACCAGCUGCGUGUUCGGGCUCAGGUUCUGCAGGUCCAACCUCAUAGACCAUUUCUAUUGCCACACAACUUCAUUGCUCAGACUGUCCUGCUCUGACACGUUCUCCUGUGACAUGAUAAGUGUUUACAGUAUAGGUUCUUCUGGCACAGUUUGUUUGGUGAUCAUCCUGGUCUCCUACAUGCUCAUUAUGACUUCCAUUUUAAGGAUUAAAUCUACAGAAGGCCGGCAGAAAGCCUUCAGCACCUGUUCCUCACAUCUCUUGUGUAUCUGCAUCUUCUUUGGGGCAAUUAUGUUUACUUACCUAUGCUCUCCUUCCAGUGACUUUGAGAAACUAGACAAGGUGGCUGCCGUCUUCUAUACAGUGGUGACGCCAAUGCUGAACCCAUUGAUAUACAGCCUGAGGAACCAAGAGGUGAAACGGAUCAUUAUGCGGGCGGUGCAGAGACUUACUGUUGUAGAUAAUUCUUUGUCAACCAGUAGGCUUCGCUCUGGGGCUCUCCCAGUCAUAUUUAGCCAAUAA